CCGGAGCGGGGCCGGGGGACGCGGCCGACCCGACGCGGGAGGACCGAGCUCGGUCUGCGCGGCCCUUUCGUGGGAAGUGCUUCGGAGAGGGAGGUGGAGAAGCAGGCCCGGGGCCCGGGCGCCGUAGCCAGCAUCCCUCGGGCCUUCCCUUUCGGGGCGCACGCAGGGCUGACCUUGACCCGCCCGGCGGACCCCGGGGGGCGGUCGCGGGACCCCAGGACGGCGGGACCGGCUCCAUCCAGCGGGGACGGACUCAAACCAUGAAUUACGUGGGGCAGUUGGCGGGCCAGGUGUUUGUCACCGUGAAGGAACUCUACAAGGGGCUGAAUCCUGCCACCCUGUCCGGAUGCAUCGAUAUCAUCGUUGUCCGCCAGCCCAACGGGAGCCUCCAAUGCUCCCCUUUCCACGUGCGCUUUGGGAAGAUGGGGGUCCUGCGUUCCCGAGAGAAAGUGGUUGACAUAGAAAUCAACGGGGAAUCCGUGGAUUUGCACAUGAAAUUGGGAGAUAACGGAGAAGCAUUUUUUGUUCAAGAGACUGAUAACGAUCAGGAAGUGAUCCCCAUGUACCUGGCCACCUCCCCUAUCCUGUCGGAGGGAGCCUCACGCAUGGAGUGCCAGCUGAAAAGGAGCUCUGUAGACAGGAUCAGAAACCUGGACCCCAACGCGUCAGCCCAGGCCUUACCUCCCAGUGAGGCCUCUUCCAGCAGCUCUUUAGUGAAGAAGAGAAGGAAAAGGAGGAGAAAGUCCCAGCUGGACACCUUGAAAAGAGAUGACAACACGAACACAUCUGAGGAUGAGGACAUGUUUCCCAUCGAGAUGAGCUCGGACGACCAGGCCGACCCGCUGGACGGCAGUAGAACUCUUCCUAGUGAUAUACCCGCAUUCCAAGAAGAUGUUUCUAAGGAAAGCCCUUCCCCCAUCAUGACUUACCCUCAGUCAGCAUCGUACCCUAAUUCUGAUAGAGAGUGGUCACCCAGCGCUAGUAGCCCGAUAGAUUGCCAAAGGACUGCUGCCCGCCUGGCAGUUGCGGCCGAGGGAGGCCUUUCUAGCUCUUGCCCUCCACAGUCUUCCCACUUCCAUACUUCGGAAAGUCCCUCAGGUUCUCGACCUUCAACACCUAAAAGCGAUUCAGAGUUGGUCAGUAAGGCCACCGAUAGGACGACGCAGAAAAAUAACCUAGAAAUGCUCUGGCUUUGGGGAGAAUUGCCACAAGCUGCGAAGUCAUCUCCACACAAGAUGAAAGACUGCAGCCCGUUAAACAGUAGAAAAAUCUGUGAUAAGAUGCACUUUCAGACCAUUCAGAGUGAAUCUUCAGAUGCGUUCAGUGACCAGUCGCCAACCCUGGCCAGGCCUCCCGUGCUGUCUGUUCCAGAGCCGGGCAAGCCUCCCACGGAGAUGCAGUUUGUGAACGAAGAAGAUGUCGAGGCCUUGGGGGCGGCAGCCCCGCCUUUACCUACGAUCGAAGAACCCAAACCCCUCUCUGCCAGUGUAGCCCCGACAGCAAGCAAGACGGACUCUCCUUCCAGGAAAAAAGGUGGGAGGCCGGCAUGUCGCAGCUCCUUCUGCGCAGAUGUGGUGCUCUGCACGUUCCCGAUCUUUCCCUCGGAAGUCCCAAACAAACGAAGCAGACAUCUUGGUGCUGACGGCGUCUACUUGGAUGACCUCACAGAUAUGGAUCCUGAAGUGGCAGCCCUGUAUUUUCCCAAAAAUGGAGAUCCUUCAGGGCUCGCCAAACACACCAGCGACAACGGAGCCCGGUCAGCCAACCAGUCCCCGCAGUCCGUGGGCAGCUCUGGCAUCGACAGCGGCGUGGAGAGCACCUCGGACAGCCUGAGGGACCUGCCGUCCAUCGCCAUCUCCCUGUGCGGGGGCCUCAGUGAUAACCGGGAGAUAACCAAAGAUGCAUUUCUGGAACAAGCCGUGUCCUAUCAACAGUUUGUGGACAACCCGGCUCUCAUCGAUGACCCCAAUCUUGUGGUGAAGAUCGGGAAUAAAUACUAUAACUGGACGACAGCAGCGCCUCUGCUCCUGGCAAUGCAGGCCUUCCAGAAACCUUUGCCAAAGGCCACUGUGGAAUCUAUCAUGAGGGAUAAGAUGCCCAGAAAGGGAGGAAGAUGGUGGUUUUCAUGGAGAGGAAGAAAUACCACAAUCAAAGAGGAAAGUAAGCCAGAGCAGGGCUUGGCUGGGAAGAGCCAUAGCACUGGGGAGCAGCCGUCAGCGCUUAGCAUGGCCACCAGAAUAAAGCAUGAAUCAUCCUCCAGUGAUGAAGAGCGCGCAGCGGCCAAGCCAUCAAGUGCAGGCCACCUCCCCCUGUUGUCCAGUGUCAGCUACAGGAAGACCCUCCGGCUCACUUCAGAGCAGCUGAAAAGCUUGAAGUUGAAGAAUGGCCCCAACGACGUGGCGUUCAGCGUGACCACGCAGUACCAAGGCACGUGUCGUUGCGAGGGCACCAUCUAUCUGUGGAACUGGGACGACAAAGUCAUCAUCUCAGACAUCGACGGGACCAUCACCAGGUCAGAUACUCUUGGCCACAUUCUGCCCACCCUGGGCAAGGAUUGGACCCACCAGGGCAUCGCUAAGCUGUACCAUAAAGUGAGCCAAAACGGCUACAAGUUUCUCUACUGUUCUGCGCGGGCCAUCGGGAUGGCGGACAUGACGAGGGGCUACCUGCACUGGGUCAACGAGAGGGGCACGGUGCUGCCUCAGGGGCCCCUGCUGCUGAGCCCAAGCAGUCUCUUUUCGGCCUUGCACAGAGAAGUGAUUGAGAAGAAGCCGGAGAAGUUUAAAGUCCAGUGUUUGACCGACAUCAAAAACCUGUUUUUUCCAAAUACAGAACCUUUUUAUGCUGCUUUUGGAAACCGACCGGCUGAUGUGUAUUCGUAUAAGCAAGUAGGAGUGUCUUUGAACAGAAUAUUUACUGUCAAUCCCAAAGGAGAACUUGUGCAGGAACACGCAAAGACCAACAUCUCCUCGUACGUGAGACUCUGCGAAGUGGUUGACCACGUUUUCCCAUUGCUGAAGAGAAGCCAUUCUUCGGACUUCCCCUGCUCAGACACGUUCAGUAAUUUCACCUUCUGGAGAGAGCCGCCGCCACCUUUUGAAAACCAGGAUGUUCAUUCCGCCUCAGCGUAAACCGUUGCGAGCAACCCGCUGACGUCAUGUGAAGGCCGGCACCCCCGAUUAAAGGAUAGGUUCUGGGAGCCACAGAGCAGGAGCUCAGGAGCCCGAUGUGCGGUCAUUUGCUUAAGAGCAGAGAAAUCUGAGGGGCGUUUCUGUCCCUUCCCCGUGCCCCCGGGGGUUGACAUUUCCGAGUGAAACACGAAGGCGAGGCGUCAGGUGCAUUCAGAGCGGAAGCCAUCCCCGGUGGCGGCUUCAAGCCCGUCGCCACGCUGCCCUGCCCCGCCACUCUCGUGGGUCCUCACCGGUUCCUGGGCAGAGCUGGCCACCAGGGGGGCCCCGCCGGUGACCGUUCCGUUGAGGCACGCCGGACGCGCGGGACUGUGGUAGAGGAGGGGCCCUUUUCCCUCUGUGGCCAUGGGUGCCACCUGUUCUGUGUGCGGCGGGAAGGCUGAGGGUCCCGCCACCUGCUCCGCGGGGUCUCUCCCCUCACCGUGCUGGCUCGGCCUGCGGUGUCUUCCUGCAGUAUUUGCCGACGGGUCUGAUGGUUAGGCCAGAAAUAAUUUAAUUCCUCUGAGUAAAGAUAACCUAUAUAGUUGGCAUAUUUCCCCCCAUUUUUAUGGCCAAGGCUGGACUGUUUAUGCCUUAAUGCAUCUGUGGCAGGCAUUUUAUUUAGAAUGUGCUUCGUCCGGCGCUCUCUAACUUCGCAAUGCCUUAAAUUCAGAUUAUAGGAGGCAUCACUAGGCAGUAUUUGGAACGAGCUCGACACUCCGCCAGCUCCCUUCUCCAGCCGGGCGGUGCUCUAAACGUGGAUUCGAACAGAGCUCGCGCCACGUGGUGAUGGUGUCGAUUUCUGUUGGGAGCUCUCGAAAGAAACUAGGUGGUUUUACGAAAAUCGCUUCAAGACGUUACGUUCUUUGUAGAUGCUCUUAUUUCUUACUUUGCUCUGAUUGGGUUAUUGUUGUGAGCAUUUUAGCCCUACUCUUUCUAUUACAACUGUCAUUGAUACAUUAAAACGGUAGAGAUGUGAGACUAUCCAAAGAGCCUUAUUCUGUAUAUCCCACAACACUGACCUUCUUUUGGAGCUUAUGGGUAAUACUUUUUAUUUUCCUUCGCUUUUCCUGCUCGAAUUAAGGGCAAGUGGAUAAGUAAUAAUUCGAGUGACAUUCUUUAAGUCGGCAGAAGAUGAUGAUUCCUUUACUUGUUUAUAAAACUGGCUUCUGGAGAGAACAAUUUGAAAAGUGAAAGAAUUAUUUUGGUAAAAGAUUUUGCUUUACUUUUUGAAGUAUUAUUUUUUUAAAGAGUGUUUUACUCCAAUGAUUGCAACGCUUUCCUAUUUAAAUCGCAUUGUUAGAGUCAGAACCUGCAAGAGUUGAAUGAAAUUUUACUCUUUCUGUGAAAGAAAAUCCAGAGGUGUUGCCUUCAUCGUGGCUGGUGGGCUGUGUCAGCAAGGGCUGCCUUUACCCCGCGGUCCGCCUGGCCCUGCAGAGAAAGGCAAACGCGCGCGUGUUGUGUGUUGUCGAUCACAGACUUGCCUAGACUUGGAACGCGCAUGCGCAGACUCCCUUUUGGAGGCAUUCAAAAUAAUUAAAAAUAGUUCUGCCUUAACUGCUGAGUGUUCAUUAGUGACCUUUAGUGGCUAUGUUAAUUCUGUCGUGAGGGUAUUUCGGGGUGAACUUGAAGUGCUGUGAACUAAGCAUGAGGUCACGUGCCUGCUGAGGCUGACCUAGUUAGUAUGUCCCCUGCACUGGGGAGGAUCCGGCUUUGAGGAGGGGUAGUGUGUCCCACGUCGUGGCAUCCCGCGUCCCCUUCCUCGGGACAGCCAGCUGCAGUCACUCUCCGUGUGGACGUGGGAGAGCUUGCAACCCUCACUCCUGAUUUUGAGGUCCCUUACACACCUCCACACCGCUGCCGUCCGAAACAGAGCAUGCCUUCCAGAAGGGACACGCUCGGAAGUGUGUCAUGUCCAGAGUGUGACCCCUGGAGGGGCUGUAACAUUCACACCUGCCUGGAGGCUUCUGAGAAUGAGAUUUGUACGUGGCUGUGUGGCUGCCCUCGUGCAUCUAUCAGCUGGUUUAUCCGUAUUUACACACCCGUUACCCAGUGACCCUGCGGUCGUGCGCUGGCGUGCUGUGUCGGACCCCACGUUUCACAGUUGCCCUGUGGAAACGAGUCCUUCCGCGUGACGUCAUCACAUGAUCGUCCCAUGUGGUGAGGGAAGGUAGACAGACCUGGUACAUGGAAAAUGAUUACACCUUCAAAGGGAAAUUCCCCUUUUCGCGUUUAGGUUGAGAUCACCACUUUCUAUUUUAUUUACAAUUCUUGAUCUGUACUUGUAUAUGCCGGCGCAAUGACCCCAAUCACUGUAUGCCCCACGGUGUCGUGCUGGCUGCAAAGCUAGAAAACAUUGUAAUAAAGGAGAUGGACAAGCGAUUUCUCUGGAAA